AUGAAUCCAACUCAAAUUGAAGGUACCAGUGAAACGGCUCCGUUAAGAAGCACAUCUAAUACAGUAUCUCCUUUGUCAAUGACUGCAGCCGGUCGAACAUUUGGUACAACUUAUAUUCUUGUCUCGUCAUUGCUUGGAUCUAUUAUUCCAUUAAUUCAAUUGAUAAUUGGUGCAUAUUACAGAGAAGAUUGUACUAUUGAUCAGCGUAUUCCAACUUAUAUGAUCGUUUCGGGUGCUUGUGGUCUAGCAAUGACUGGAUUUACAAUUUUGCUUUCUAUUGUAUUUAUGUGUUUCAUUUCGGAUUCAACAGCACUGCAUAUAAUAGCUACCUGUUCUCUAUGUUUAACUAUAGUGUCAACGAUAAUACUAUCAGCUUUUCUUUUUAUUUGGUUCAUUUUUGGCUGUAUCUGGGUAUUUAGUAUUCGUGACAAAGUAGAAUUUGAUGAUCGACAUGAUCCUAAUUAUUGCGAACCAGUUUUAUAUAAAUCAGCAUAUGCAUUACUUGUGAUAAUGAUUAUUUGGAGUAUUCUUCAAUGUUGUUUUUCAUGUUUUCGACAAUGUUGUACAGGACGAAGUAACUGA